UGUUUUCUCCCAGCUUUCUCAGUACGUCAAAUAGUUCUUCACAACUAAUUCUAUACGAACAAGAAACGAACAUACUUGAUUUGAAGAAAUAGUCACAAUGGCUGAUAAAUCCUGGGGAGAUGUUUCUAAGGAGCCCGUGCAAGAUUCGCAUGCCCAUGAAAAGCCGCUUCAGACCCCUCGUCAAGAAACUGGAGUUCCACAGAGUCAAGGCUUCGAUCGAGCCCUUCCAGGUCCACCACAACCAUUGCAAGGUGAAAUUUCAUCAACGACAAAAAAGUUGGCCGAGAUAAUAGCAGCCCUGCUGGUAGCUUUGCUUAACUUGCCGAGGGGAUCCGUCACCACCGCCUGCACCAUGACACACGCCGCGGUUCAAUUUUUGCAGACACCACUUGAGGAUGUCGACGAAAUAGACAAAAUGAAACCUGAAGUACAAGAAAUUAAACAACAACUGAAGGGAAUCCGCCCUAAAAUAAGCGAAUUGGUGGAGAAGUUAAGCAGCUUCCCAAAUCAUCCGGCCGUCGACUUGGGAAAAUGGGAACUGGAUUUAAUACUCACGAGAGACCCUUUAGCCAAAUGUGGAAUAGACAUUCAUAUUUCACAAGGUUUGGUGAGCAGACUGGUAUCAGAAGCGCAAACUGUGGUCAAGACUUCACAAGUAAUCACAGGAAUUCUCACAAGCGCUGCGAUUGGAUAUUGGUAUUACUGCGCUUACGUUCAAGACACAAGCACACAUAAUACCCCAGCUGAAUCUUCCAUGUCAGAAAUUUGGAAAUUUUGUCCUUUUAUUCUAUUUUCCAUUUUCUUCAUGCGCAAGGUUUAUGUGUAUUACAACAACGCCGCUCAGAUAGUGCGUGAAGGCAAACGAAUCAAACGCGAGUUGGAAGAAUCCAGGCGUUGUUAUAUGAAGAGCAAAGUUACCUUGGAGGAGACCUUACCUUCUUUAAAAGAGGUCGUAGAUAGAUAUGAUGGAGGGUGCUUCUUAAAAAAGAUUAAGAGUGAAUGAUUUGAUUUACAAAUAACCCCAAGAAGCUGAUUUAGCUAGGGUACAAGACAUUUUGAUCUUCAGUUGUGUAUUUCACUUAGACAAACUGUUUCUAUAUUACUCGAUAUAUAUUUUCGUACUGUAGAAACAAGGUGCAGAGGACUUGCAACAUUGCAUUUUUAAAUUUCUUAUUGAUUGAUGUAUUUGUCUCAAAGUUCUUUUCAUUACCUUAAAUUCUAAAUCAAAACUUUCAACCGGUUGAGAUCGUAAGGUUAAAUGUAGAUGAAAAAUGUUGGACAAUACAGAUCACUAACGAUAAGAUUACUUUUGCAUGUUGUCCAAGCAUCUUUAUCCUAUGAGUGUUGGGAAACAAAGAGAAGUGUAUAUUAAAAGGAUCUGAGUGAAGUUUUCAAUCUGCCUCGUUGCUGUCAAUCCAACAUGGAUUUUCUGUUUUCGGCAUUCAGAGAGUCAGGAGAGACUGUUUCCUGAAUAAAAUCUAGAGAGCUUGACAUCUUAUCAAUUCUGUUAGUAAUGUGCUGUAACGGAAAACAAAAAGCUACUUUCUCUAAGACGAGCUAUUGUUGCGAAGGAGAACAUGCCAUAUGGUAGGCAUACUUCGUUUGAGAACAGUUGAAAACGAAAAAGAUUUAGGUUAAAGAAGUGUCUGUUAUACGGCUGAAAAGGGUCGACGAACAGCUGGUGCAGAUAUCAAACUGACGAAAGUACAGUGAACAUCUAUCGACAGGGAAGAAAGAUCGACCGAGCAGUGUUAAAGGGUCAAACAAGAUGAUUUUAUAUAAAGCGUUCAGAAAUUGCAUUUUUCACGGUGAAUAUUUAUUUGCAGAGUACUGAGGUUCGUCCAAAAAUGCUAUUGACCAUGACUUGCGAAAAUUCAGGCUGUUCAGGCAAUCAUCAUCCGACCGAUCACACUUACACAUAAAAUCUUACGUGCACGUGCAGUCGGUUUUUGUCCUCACCAGUAAAGGGGAUUUUCAGUAAAUAUCUUAAUAUUUUCUUGAAGCAAAAACAAAAUUGUAGGGAAAACAUGUCAGCUUUUCCCUCUUGGAGAACGGUUUAGGUAAUUUUAGUGGAGAAUUUCUGAGGGGUUCGUUCAUUUUAAACGCACGGCGAAAAAUAGAGCUUAAAACCAAGCAA